AGUUCUUCUUGUUUCAGCACUAGAUACUCUAUGGUUGACUUGCAUGACGAGAAAAAUUAAAAAAGAAAUCUAAUCUGACAUUUAUCCAUUGAGUUUCUGUGUAUAUGCUGUUUGUGGAUAUAUUCAAAUGAAUAACUGCUUCUGAAGUAUUGUUUUGUGAUCAUAUAAGGUUCAGAGUACAGGGUCUCCUUUCCUGCUUCUGGUUAAUUCCAUGCUGCACCAGCAGCACUCAAGAACCAGAAACCUGAUUCAUACGACUGAAACUUCUCUCCGACCCGGGGAUAUUGCCUUGGGUCAUAUAAUCUCUUCCCCCUCUGUGUUUUUAGAAGGGACACAAAGAUAUUUCAAAAUCCUGCCAACACAACUCAGGACCAAGCUUAGACUUUCUCUGGGCCACAAGUGACUGACGUGAAGCAUCUUUCUUCUUAAGAUGGUGACUUAUCCAAUAGAUCACUAUAGAAAAUCACCUAUGACGAAUGGAAAUCAUAAAGAAUUUCCCCCCAGAGUAAAUGACAUAGACAGUUUCCCUGCAAUUCAACUACUCUACCUCUUAGUGACGGUCUUUAUUAUUGGAGUAUCCUGGAGGGAAUAUCACAAAAAUGAAAACAUGAAGAAAGAAAAAGGUAUGUUAUCUUCAUCCAUGUACAAAGAUUUGACUAAUAACCUAAUUGAUUCUAAUUCUUAAUUCAUUUGUAAGUUGUAUCAAUUUAUUGGAAAGAAAUGAGCUUAUCUAAUCUUUUAUUAAGAGAAAGAAGUAAAAGGACAAUUUAUCUCCUCCCAAAUGGAAAAUAAAUAAUUGAAGAAAAAUCAGACCUGAUUUAUAUAAAAGCUGAGUUCUUGGUACAUUGGCAUUAUGUAAAAUAGAAUUUUGUCCAUAAAAGAAUUACUAUUCAUUUCUCUGUAAUUUUAUUUGUGAAUUUUUAAUUUGUUAAUUACCUCAAUUUUUGAAUAUCAAUACUUAUCUUACUUGUUUUGCAGAGAAAAUAAAAAAAAACGGUGAGUUUCAAGUUUUGAUCCACUUAAAAGAUAUCAUUGCAGCAAACAUCAUAGUAUUAGAUAAUAACAAGGAAAAGUUUCCAGUAUUUUGAUAUUACACAAAAUAAAAGUUUUCCUCUGCAAACCAAUCUAUUUGAAACUCUGUUUGUCCUGUUUGCAAUUUGCUUCAAUAUAAUCUGUAGUAAAUUUGUUUCAAUUUGUUUUUGCCUAUUGUUCAAAUUUUGUCUAAUAUGUUUUCAGAGACAGCGAAGGAAGAAAAGAAGUCAGAACAAGAUCAACCUAGGAAAGAAAAUGAUCAACUUAGGAAAGAAAAUGAUCAACUCAGGAGAGAAAAUGGAAAAUUGCAAAAUGAAAUUGAUGAGAGGAAAGCUCAAUUUAAGAAUGGCUGGCAGAAGACAUCAUUGUACCCUGACUGGAGGAAAGAAUUUUUCCAGGCUGUGGAUAUUACUCUGGAUCCAGCCACCGCCCAUCCUUCCCUCUUCUUGUCGGAAGGGAACAGAUGUGUAACCUGGGGAGAGAAGUCUCAAGACCUGCCUGAGGACCCACAGAGAUUUUGUUCUCUUCCCUGUGUGCUGGGUCAUCAGGUCAUCACCUCAGGGAGGUGCUACUGGGAAGUAGAGGUCGGGAGCCAUGGCGCAUGGGACCUGGGGAUUUGUAGGCCUCAUGUAAUGAGAAAGGGCAGAGUUUGUAUCAAACCUGAGGAUGGUUUCUGGGCCCUCAGGUUCUAUAAGCAGGAGUACUGGGCACUCACCUCUCCAGAAACAAAACUCACUGUAAAGGUGCAUCCAGCCAGAGUUUGUAUUUUCCUAGAAUAUGAGGAGGGAAGCAUUUCAUUUUAUAAUAUGAUAGAUAAAUCUCACAUUCACACCUUGUCUCAAGGUGCCUUUGGUGGGCCCUUAAAGCCUUUUUUCAGGCUUUGGCCCAGUGAGUCAGAGCCUUUGACCAUCUGUCCAGGGCCUGGAGCAGCCCAGAAUCCCCUGUACUAGGAGCAUCAUAUAAGCUGCAGGUCAGUGUGGUUUGAAGCAUUUGAUUAUGACGUGAAUUCUCCUAGACCAGAAGCAAAUUAUUUUUUCUUAUCUAUUUUAAUGGUUUUCCUUAUUGACGGGAGCCGCGUUAGGCAUUACUGACAAAAUGGAGGCACGGCCCCAACCCCUUCUCCUCAUUCUGCAGGCACAGACCCGGGAUGCAGGAGUUAGCUCUGUAUUCUGACUUGUUUCUUCCUUUCUUUGGUUCAGUUGGCUGGAAAGAAUGUUAAUGUGCUUAUUGUUCUUGAGAGAAGCAUGAGAAAGCACAAAGCCUUCUGUAGUUGUGCCCAGAAAAUAAUCUAUAAAGUAACCAUUGACAUUUGUUCAAGGAUUUUUGCAAAGACUGUCCCAGGAUGAGCAUGUAGGCCACAGCUUGAGGCCAUGGGAAAGAUUGUUAUCUGAGACCUGUUUGUGAGGGAAAUGUUUAUGGCAAAAGAAGUUUGCUGAGCUUAGGGUUUAGGAAUAAUUAAGAAUAGCUAGAAGCC